AUGCUCACGCAGCUGGUGGAAGAGAACAAGGAAAUAAAAAGUCAGAUCACAAAGCUGACAGAAGCUUUAACCGUUCAGGAGCGCGGUAGAUUUCCAUCACAAGCCCAAUCCAAUUUGAGAGGACAACACAUGGCUCAAACUUCCAACAAUGAAGGUCAAAAUAUCAAGGAAGUUAACGCCAUCUCUACUCGAAGUGCUAUGAAUUUUGACACGCCAUCAACAAGUACAACCACUUCGAGUAAUGAAGAAUCGGCUCAGGACAAAGAAGAGCCAACUAAAAUUCCGGUAAAGGUGCCUUUUCCCCAAGCUCUCCGACCUGCUGGGAAAGUGCCGAAAAAUCAAAGUGAGAUCCUGGAGCACUUGACACAAUUGAAGAGCGAUCUUCCCUUACUACACGUGAUCAAGCAAGUGCCGGCCUACGCCAAGGUUAUCAAGGAUCUGUGCACCAUAAAGAGAAAGCACCACGUCAAGAAGACUGCAUUCUUGACAAAAGAAGUGAGCGCGGUGAUUGAACAGAAAACACCGCCGAAGUAUAAGGAUCUAGGUUGUCCUACCAUUUCUUGCCAGAUCGGGACACAUGAAUUCGACCAAGCAUUACUAGACCUAGGAUCGAGCGUGAACCUCAUGCCUUAUUCGGUCUACUCGCAAUUGGGUCUUGGAGAGAUUAAGCCCACAUCUAUAGUUCUGCAACUGGCCGGUAGAUCCAUUAAGAGACCACGGGGAAUAGUAGAAGACGUUUUGUUACAAAUCGACAAGUUUUAUUACCCCAUGGACUUUCUUGUCUUGGAUACACAAUCCGUGGUGAAUAUGGAGUCAUCCAUUCCCAUCAUUCUAGGAAGACCUUUCCUUGCCACAGCAAACGCACUUAUCAAUUGUAGGAAUGGUCUCAUGAAGAUAUCUCUCGGGAAUAUGACCCUUGAGGUGAAUAUUUUUCAUAUUCAAAAGCAACCACGUGAUGACAAAAAAUGUCACCAAACAUUUAUGAUCGACACACUUGUCGAGGAGGAGGUUCUGCCGCAAAGUAACUCUGAAGAUCUUGAAAAUCUCCUCCAAAAUUCUGAAUCUGAGAGUUCCGAUCCUUGUGAGGUGGCUACCAUUUCUACCAUUUUCAAAGAAUCACAAGACAGAGGAACCAAGUUUGGGCCACCAUGUUUUCAGGAGCUCCCAAUAGAAGGAGAAAAACUGAAAUCAUCCACCGAGGAGGCUCCAAAAGUCAAGCUAGCCCAACCACCUGAGGGCUUAAAAGAUGCAUUCUUGGGAGAUGAAGACACAUUCCCAGUCAUCAUCUCAUCUAAAAUCGAUCCAUUGCAAGAACAACGAUUGAUUGACAUACUGAAAGAGCGCAAUUCUAGGAUUAAGGUAAAAAUGAAAGCGGCUCAUGAUAAGCAGAUCCUAAGGAAGAAUUUCGAGCCGAAUCAACGGGUUCAUCUCUAUGAUUCCUGUUUGCAUCUCCACCCCGGUAAGUUGAGGUCGCGGUGGACUGGCCCGUUCAUAGUAAAACGCAUUUUUCCCAAUGGUGCUGUCGAGGUUGAGGACCCGACUGAUGGGAGAAUCCUCAAAGUAAAUGGCCAGCGUCUGAAAAAUUACUUAGAGCAGGUGAACCAGGUUGAAGAGAUCAUUCUCGACGACCCCGUUUACCAGCCCUGA